AUGGCCAUUACCAAAAUUCACGCUCGCUCUGUCUACGACUCUCGUGGUAACCCCACCGUCGAGGUCGAUGUCCACACUGAGACCGGCCUCCACAGGGCCAUCGUCCCCUCUGGUGCUUCCACUGGUCAGCACGAGGCCGUCGAGCUCCGUGACGGUGACAAGUCCAAGUGGGCUGGAAAGGGUGUCCUCAAGGCCGUUUCCAACGUCAACGACAUCAUCGCUCCUGCCUUGAUUGCCGAGAACAUUGAUGUUAAGAACCAGUCUGCCAUCGACGAGUUCUUGAUCAAGCUUGACGGAACCCCCAACAAGGGCAAACUUGGUGCCAACGCCGUUCUCGGUGUUUCUUUAGCUGUUGCUAAGGCCGGUGCCGCGGAAAAGAAAAUCCCGCUCUAUGCCCACAUUGCGGAGCUUGCCGGUACCAAGCAGCCGUAUGUCCUUCCCGUCCCCUUCCAGAACGUCCUUAACGGAGGUUCCCACGCUGGAGGUCGUCUUGCCUUCCAAGAGUUCAUGAUCGUCCCUUGUGAUGCCCCAAGCUUCACUGAGGCCAUGAGACAGGGAGCUGAGGUUUACCAGAAGCUUAAGUCUCUUGCCAAGAAGAGGUACGGACAGUCUGCGGGUAACGUCGGAGACGAGGGUGGUGUCGCUCCUGAUAUUCAGACUGCCGAGGAGGCCCUUGACCUCAUUACCGAUGCUAUUGAGCAGGCGGGAUACACCGGGCAGAUGAAGAUUGCAAUGGAUGUUGCCUCUUCCGAGUUCUACAAGGAGGAUGCUAAGAAGUACGACUUGGACUUCAAGAACCCUGACUCCGACAAGAGCAAGUGGCUCACCUACCAGCAGCUUGCUGACCUCUACAAGAGCCUUGCUGAGAAGUACCCCAUUGUCUCCAUUGAGGACCCCUUCGCCGAGGAUGACUGGGAGGCAUGGAGCUACUUCUUCAAGAACAGCGACUUCCAGAUCGUCGGUGAUGACUUGACUGUCACCAACCCCAUCCGUAUCAAGAGGGCCAUCGAGGAGAAGAGCUGCAACGCCCUUCUUCUCAAGGUCAACCAGAUCGGUACCCUUACCGAGUCUAUCCAGGCUGCCAAGGACUCUUACGCCGGUGGAUGGGGAGUCAUGGUCUCUCACCGUUCUGGUGAGACCGAGGAUGUCACCAUUGCCGACAUCGUAGUUGGAUUGAGGGCUGGUCAGAUCAAGACUGGUGCUCCUGCCAGAUCCGAGCGUCUUGCUAAGCUCAACCAGAUCCUCCGUAUCGAGGAGGAGUUGGGUGACAAGGCCAUCUACGCUGGCAAGAACUUCAGAACCGCUGUCAACUUGUAA